CACGUUCGCGCACAGUCCAUCUGAUAUCCUCUGAAGGUUGGAGAGCUUCAAUUACAGCAGCCGGUUAAUGAAAUGAAAGAAAAUUAUCAAGGACAUUUUUGCGACCUGAAGAUUUUUUAUUGACUUGGCGCUGUGGGAUAACAUCCAACUUGUGGAAAAAAGUAAAAACCCAAAAGGCCUUGGGCAAGCAAGUUUUAUUUUACCCCAGAUCUAAAUUUGCGCAUCUGCUGCCACCAUGGGUGAACUCUUCAGAAGCGAGGAGAUGACCCUCGCUCAGCUCUUCCUCCAAUCAGAGGCUGCCUACUGCUGUGUCAGUGAGCUAGGAGAGCUGGGAAUGGUCCAGUUCCGUGAUCUGAACCCUGACGUGAACGUGUUCCAGCGCAAGUUUGUCAAUGAAGUGAGGCGCUGUGAGGAGAUGGACCGCAAACUGAGGUUUGUGGAAAAGGAGAUAAAGAAAGCCAAUAUUCCCAUUGUGGACACGGGGGAGAAUCCAGAAGUCCCCUUCCCAAGGGAUAUGAUUGACCUGGAGGCCACCUUUGAGAAGCUAGAGAAUGAGCUGAAGGAGAUCAACACCAACCAGGAGGCGCUGAAGAAGAACUUCCUGGAGCUGACUGAGCUCAAGCACAUCCUCCGUCGCACCCAGCAGUUUUUUGAUGAGGCUCAAUUACAUCAUCAUCAGCAGAUGGAGGACCCGAAUCUGCUGGAGGAGUCGUCCUCCCUGCUGGACCCCAGCGAGGCGGGACGGGGGGCGCCACUGAGGCUGGGGUUCGUCGCUGGGGUCAUCAGCAGGGAGCGGAUUCCAACUUUCGAGAGGAUGCUGUGGAGGGUGUGUCGCGGGAACGUGUUUCUGCGUCAGGCGGAGAUUGAGGACCCUCUGGAAGACCCCACCACAGGAGACCAAGUCCACAAGUCCGUCUUCAUCAUCUUCUUCCAAGGUGACCAGCUGAAAAACAGGGUUAAGAAGAUAUGCGAGGGAUUUCGUGCUUCCCUGUACCCCUGUCCUGAGACACCCCAGGAGAGGAAAGAGAUGGCAGCGGGGGUCAACACUCGCAUCGAGGACCUCCAGAUGGUGCUGAACCAGACGGAGGAUCAUCGUCAAAGGGUCCUCCAGGCUGCGGCCAAGACAGUGAGGGUGUGGUUCAUCAAGGUCAGGAAGAUGAAGGCCAUCUAUCACACGCUCAACCUCUGCAACAUCGACGUCACCCAGAAGUGUUUGAUCGCCGAGGUGUGGUGCCCGGUCUCUGACCUGGACUCCAUCCAGUUUGCCCUGCGGAGAGGCACUGAGAGAAGUGGCUCAACGGUGCCCUCAAUUCUCAACAGGAUGCAGACCAAGCAGACCCCGCCCACAUACAACAAAACCAACAAGUUCACUUCCGGCUUCCAGAACAUCGUGGAUGCUUAUGGAAUUGGGACCUACCGGGAGAUCAACCCAGCCCCCUACACCAUCAUCACCUUCCCUUUCCUGUUUGCGGUCAUGUUCGGGGACAUGGGCCACGGGCUGCUAAUGACCGGUGCUGCCCUCUAUCUGGUCCUGAGGGAAAGCCGGCUCCUCUCCCAAAAGAGUGACAAUGAGAUUUUUAGCAUGAUCUUUGCUGGACGGUACAUCAUCCUGCUGAUGGGAAUCUUCUCCGUCUACACUGGAAUCAUCUAUAAUGACUGCUUCUCCAAAUCACUCAACAUGUUUGGCUCUGGUUGGAGUGUCAGGCCCAUGUUCGGGUCAAAGGGUGCAAACUGGACAUUUGAGACCCUUGAUACUAAUCCAGUCUUGCAGUUGGAUCCGGCAAUACCAGGAGUCUUCAAUGGGCCCUAUCCUUUAGGUAUUGACCCGAUCUGGAACAUUGCCACUAAUAAGCUGACGUUCCUCAACUCCUUCAAAAUGAAGAUGUCUGUCAUCCUGGGGGUCAUCCACAUGCUGUUUGGUGUCAGCCUCAGCUUGUUCAACCACCUGUACUUCAAGAAACCCCUGAACAUCUUUCUGGGCUUCAUCCCCGAGAUUGUCUUCAUGAGCUCCCUUUUUGGCUACCUGAUCCUGCUCAUCUUCUACAAAUGGGGAGCGUAUGACGCUGUCACCUCUAAGGAUGCACCCAGCCUGCUCAUCGCCUUCAUCAACAUGUGCCUCUUCAACUACAGUGACCCCACUAACAAAGCCCUCUACAGAGGACAGAUGGGGAUCCAGUGUUUGUUGGUGGUGAUUGCCCUUGCAUGUGUUCCCUGUAUGCUGAUAGUGAAAACAAUGGUGCUUCGGCGUCAGUACCUUUGGAGGAAGCACCUGUCACAGAAGAUAGAAGAAAGGCCUGCUGAGAAUCUAGAAAAUUUAGAGCAGACAGGCGUGUCUUCAUCAUGCACCGGACUCACUCAACAGGGCACACAGAAAUUUGGUGGGAUCCGGGUCGGUAACGGGCCCACGGAAGAUGAAGCUGAGAUAAUCCAGCAUGACCAGCUCUCGCAGCAUUCCGAGGACGAGAAUGAGCCCGCUGAGGAGGAAGUGUUUAACUUUGGAGAUGUAGCAGUCCAUCAGGCCAUCCACACCAUAGAGUACUGCCUGGGCUGCAUCUCCAACACUGCCUCCUACCUACGGCUGUGGGCUCUGAGCCUGGCCCACGCACAGCUGUCAGAGGUCCUGUGGACCAUGGUGAUGCACAUUGGGCUGUCGUCAAGGAGCUACGGUGGGUUCUUUGGCCUGUCCAUCAUCUUCUCGGCCUUUGCCACUCUAACCGUCUGCAUCCUGCUGAUCAUGGAGGGCCUGUCAGCCUUUCUGCACGCGCUCCGUCUGCACUGGGUGGAGUUCCAGAACAAGUUCUACACGGGACAGGGCUUCAAGUUCAUCCCAUUCUCCUUCGACAGCAUCCUGGAGGGGAGAUUUGACGAGUAGACAUAUCCAGCACCCCCCUCCAGCUUUGCCCCUCCCUCUGGUAGCGGGGUUGGUUCUGUGUAGUGUUUGUGAACUAUGGCGUAGUUUUCACCCCCUGCCCCAUUGUGGCUCAAUGUUGUAGGAGUUGUGGCCCUGCAUUGGUGUUAGUUUUGAAUGACUUUGUGUCUUUGCUGAACAGCCAAUCAAAUCCAUCAAUUUGAGUUCUCCGCAAUGCAUUUUAAGCCAGUGGUCAGAAGUGAAUUCUGAGUUCAGUUAUUAUCCAAUAUAAGGCUAUUUCUAAGUUCUGUGCUAAACCAAUGAAACAAUUAGUACCUUCUAUUAUAACAUGAAUAAAGUCACUUAAUUAUUUAUUGAAAAUAUUUUUAAAAAAGUAUCACUUAUUAAAUUAAAAGCAGACAUUUUUGACCAAAGCAAGUCCUCAGUAUAUAGCUAGUAAACUGCAUUCUUGUUAAUGUCAUUGUUUAUUUUUUAUCUGAUAAAUUAUUGGUUGUGUACUUUAUAAAAAAGGGCGGGUGAGACCCAGUACUCCAUUUGUAUUGCAUUUGCACUACUGUCCACAAAAAAGGAAAACCUAACUGACCAUUAUCUACACUUAACAGAGCCAGUGCCUAUUGGUCAAUGAGUAUUAUAGGGAUGUGUGAAAGCACAGAAGUAGCAAUGAAACCUGUUAGUUUUGGAUUGUCCCUAACUUUAAUACCACUGAAUGGACAGGCUUUACUUGUCUUAUUGAGAGAAGCGAGCUGUCAUCCUCUACAUUUCCAAGGUACAGUAGUCUGAAUUGUUCUGACCUCAACCAGCGGUAGUUUUGACCUCAGUCACCACACCUUCCCUCUCACACCAGUGAGGGUCUACAAAAUCACGCCCAUCAGUCUUGUGCUCACCAUAUCCAUCCCACAAUGCCUUGCUCCUCAAACAGGAUGUUUCUUCAUGAAAAAUCUGCCAAGCUGUUAUUCAGAGACCAGACACCGUCACUUUAAGGCAGGGGUGUCCAGUCUUCUCCAAAAAGGGCUGGUCUGAGUGCACGUUUUUUGCUUUAGCCCAUCAGUACAACGCCCAAUUCAACACAGGUCUUCAAUCCAGACAUUGAUAAGUAGAAUCCUACCAGAGAGGAUUUAUUUAGAUUACAUUAGUUACAGGGUGAGGGCAUAUGAGAGGGUUCCACUGGGGUGUUAUUGGUGUCUGGACUAUGGACACGUGGCAGCAGUUUGUAGAAAAAGGGAUCACAGGUGUAGAAGGUGUGGGAAAGAUGGGUGUUCGGUUGAGGAUUGUACGAUGUCUAAAGACCAGGCAAUAUGUUUUCACUGUGGGGGAAAUCAUGAUGUGGGGGCAAAGCAGUGUGAAAUAAGGAAGAGGGAAAGUGAGGCAGAAAGCACACAAGUGCAGAACAAAAUAACAUGCAGAAGCAACGAAGAGAGUGAGGGCAGAAACGGGAACUGUGAGGAAGGAACAGAAUAGAACUGAAAAAGGGAAAGGAUCAAGUGAGAUGUGACAGACAAAUGACGUAUAUGGAUAGAAGAAGGUUCUUGGCAUUUAUAGCGAUGGUGAUCAAUUGUGCUAGUGAAAUAGAGGCAAAAUCAGAGAGGAUCAAGAUGGUGGUGAACGCAGCGAAAGAGAUUUUGGGUAUAACGGAUGUGAAGGGGGACGAAAUACAGGGAAUUUUGGCGAAAGGGUUUAGAGGGAGUCAGAUGCCAGGGAUAUAGGGAAAUAGUGAAGAAUCGCGAGUCAGAUAUGGGAGGGUUGGUCUGUUGUUUUAUCUAUUUUUUGAGAGAACUAAACCAGAUAGCAAUGCAUACAGUAGGUGGCAGUAAUGCACUAAUUUUAGUUUGCCAACCACCAUUAAAACCAAAGAAGAAGAAGAUAAGUAGAAUCAGGUGUCUUAGUGUUGAGCUGAAACAAAAACCUGCACCCAUGCCGGCCUUUUUCGGAUAAGAUUGGACACCCCUGCUUUAAAAGCCCAAAUGGAAGCAGUAAGGCUUGCACAGGUUGACAUCUGUAAAAAUCGUUAUUCCAGCAGAACUAGCAGGUUUCUUCAGUUUGCUAAGCAAAACAAUCUGAGUGCACUCACAACUGUAAUACUGUAAUAUAAGGUAUAUACACCUGCUAUCAUUUCUCCACAGAAAUGAUAGGGGCCCAGCAUGUACUGUAUAUGUGUGUUGCACAGCAUUUGUAAAAAUUGUAAAAAUGGCACUGGAGUUCAACUCAAACCUCUUUUUUGUUGUCAUGGAAAUUGUGUUGUCUGUGAAUAUUCCCUACAUUUGUUUAUGUAUUUAUUAUUUUAUUCCAUAUUUUUAUUUUCUUUAUAAUUUACAUGAAGAAAUAUUUAUAAAGUGAGCUAUAAUCAACAAAACUGGAUUUAGAUUAGUGGCAUUACCUGACAGAGACAUGCUGAAGCUGAAUAUCAUACGGGUCUUACUUGAGUUUGAAAGGUACAUCAGGCCUGUUACCCCUUCCCAGAAUGAACACUCACCUUUGGAAGAAUUAUACAUCUCCCUCUUAGACUUCAGUGUAUAAUUCUCAUUGGCUUUUAGAAGGUAGUCAAGGCAUCUUUGCAUUAUCAUUUUCUUUAGCUUUUCCAUGCAAAUGAAAUUAGUGUAUUCUCUAUAAUUGUUUCGCUGCUGAACCUCUAAGGGAGGUUGCUGGCAAAGCAGGUAUUCAGAAAAACGCAGCUUUCGGCUUACAGAGCUUUACUGACAAACGUGUGUGAGAUUGUUUCGACAUUCGUUACCAGAGCGGCGUCUCAAGACAAGGCCUUUCAGGAGUGCUAAGAAUGUUUUUUUUUUCUUACAUAUAUGAGAUUUGCUACUUAACACAUCGCACAAAAUCUUCUCUUGCUCAGAUGGAUUUUGACCUACAAGCAAAUUUCGCGGUAGAGUAUGAACCCUGCUUUGGAAACGUUCCGAAAUGAGAAAACUGCGUUCUUUAAAAGCUGCUUCUCCAUUUGCUUCACAUUAAAAAUGGCCUGCUGUCUUGACCUUUCUGGAAGUGACGUUUUCACCACCACUUUCUGGGUUUUCAGCAUGAAUCAUGCAAUGCUCUAUAAUAAAAACAUAUCUGGAAGUGAACUAGGUAGAGUGCUAUUUUGUCACCUGUAACCGUAGGUAGCAUUAUGUUAAUGGUGUGUUCUGCAGUGAUCCAAGUAGCGAUGUUCGACCGCCUGUUUUUGUUCAUGGUUGACAUGUUGAUUUGUGAAUGUUUACAGUGUGGGGGAGGGGGGGAGGACUCUGGAUUCAUGCUUUUAUCAAGCCAAAACACUGUCAGCUGGGGGAUCAAUGGAAUUUACUGUGUGAGAAUUAUGUGAAGUGUCCAUUUUGAAUUGUGGCUGAUGUGUAUGUGUAUUUAAGUAUUAAAGGGGGCAAUGCAGGGAAA